AUGGCUGUCAAUGCUCUUUCACGCAGUGUUUAUUCAAAAGUACGUCCAUUGUUAUCUGCUAGUGUGGAUACAUUGAGUGUAUUAUCACGCGAUUAUCAUGAGAAAGUUAUCGAUCACUAUGAAAAUCCUCGAAAUGUUGGAUCAUUUGAUAAAUCGGAUACGAGUGUUGGAACCGGACUUGUUGGCGCACCAGCUUGUGGCGAUAUCAAGGUAGAUGAAAAUGGUAAAAUUAUCGAUGCAAAAUUCAAAACAUUUGGUUGCGGUUCUGCUAUUGCUUCAUCUUCCUUAGCUACAGAAUGGAUUAAAGGUAAAUCUAUCAACGAGGCAAAUACAAUUAAAAAUCAAGAUAUUGCUAAAGAAUUAUGUUUACCACCAGUCAAAUUACAUUGCUCAAUGCUGGCCGAAGAUGCAAUCAAAGCCGCAAUUAAUGAUUAUAAUACGAAGAAACAGAAGAAAAGUCAGAAUUAA